UUUAUUUUGAACAACCGCGGCGAGCGCAUAGAAUACGCAAAACGAAUUUCGAGUCCCAGAGAUCCGAUUAUCCUAAUCAGAAGUGCAGAACCAAACAAACGGAAAGCAAUUCGGAAAUUCUUGUACAAACUUAUUGGGCCAGAAAGUGUCUUGAUUUGUCUGUUUUCGUUUUUUUUCGAGUUAAAUUCUGUGUUGAAGAGUGCCAAUAAAAAUCCCUUAGCAUCAGCGAUAGUCCCGAUAACGACUUUAUUUCGACCCAUAGCCAAUAUCCCGCCAUGGGUAAUGCCGGCUAUACAUGCAUACGCCGCACUUUCUGCUGGCUCAACAUAAUUCUUUGGCUGUGUAGCUGUGCGUUUUUAGGAGCCGGACUGUGGUUGCGUCUGAGCUACGAGGGCUACGCCACUUUGUUGCCCCAACACGCCGGCUUGAGUGCGGACACCAUCUUCAUGGGCAUCGGGGGCACCGGGUUCGUGGUCAGCUUCUUCGGCUGCUGCGGCGCCUGGGUGCAGUCCCGCUGCCUUCUGGUACUGUACUUCUUGCUGAUUGUGAUGCUGUUCAUGAGCGAGUUCCUGGUGGGCUCCAUCGCCUUUCUCUUCCGCGGCGGACUGGGACGGACGUUGGCCAACGAGCUGCGCUUCGGGAUCGAGCGGCACUACAACACCAGCGAUCGGGGAUCUUUGGUGGCGCCUUCGGUGGCCUCCAUUUGGGACAGUGUGCAGCAUUCGUUUGAGUGCUGUGGCGUUUCCUCUUACGAGGACUGGUACGACAUCCAGUCGUGGCCGGGAAAGCGCUGGGUGCCCGAGUCCUGCUGCAGGACCCUCUAUGACCAGCGCCAAGUGCUCACCGAAGGAUCAGGCGACGGAAUGAUGCGCGCCGACUGCGGCAGAUCCGAGAACCCGUCGCUGUGGUGGGACAAAGGCUGUGCCCAUUCGCUGCAGAGUUGGUUUACGGGACAACUGAACGUGGUGGGCGCCGUGGGACUGGGUAUUGCCUUUGUCCAGCUCUUCGGACUGAUCACCUCGAUGCUGCUGUUCUGCACGGUGAAACAUAAACGGGCCUCGGACACCUACAAGUCGUACUCCCCGUCUAUCGAUCCCCAGACCCGCACCAGCAGUUGGGAGGAUUGAACGCGCCUGUAACGGCGCCAUGCGAACUUCUAAAUUGGAGGGUCGGAAUCACCCCCAACUCUGUCGCUAUCUCUAUACUUUUUGUUAACUCUCCUAGUUUCUAAUUCAUUCUGCGAAAUGUGCCAAAAAUUAAUUUAAUUCAGAGUGUAUUUUUUUGUUUUUUUGUUGUUAUCUGUAGGCGAAGACAUAUCGAACAAAAUUUAUGGGACUAAGAUGAUGUGUUCUCACUUAAAGACAGUGUGGACCGGGCAUAAUGUUCCCAGUGAAACAAUCACAUAUUUACAAAGAUGUUUAGUUAGCGGUGUAUCCAUAUUGUGAUGUGCUCUCUAGUAGUAUAGUAUAUGGCCCAAGACCCGAUAACGGGGUACAGUGCGUUUCAUACUUAUCAGGCAAGCAGUUUAAAAAAGUACCACAAGUACCAGCUAGUGUGAAUCGGGCUUAGGACCCAAAUAUGCUCGUAACCCUUUAACUAAAACAAUACAUAUAACCUAUAUAUUUAUACAUUACUAUACCAGUAUACUUAUGUUAUUUUAUGGAACUUUGUAGUAUUCGAAAUAGCAGAAACCGCAACUGCCCGGGAAGCAAGAAAACCCAGAAGACGAAGAGGAGGAAGAGGAAUCGGGAGGGAAAUAGUUAGAGCAAAUAUUAUUACUACUAUGAGUUUGAUUAUUUUAUUUAUACAUACAUAUAUUUAUAUCGAAAUACAUUCCUACACAACAUGUUCGUGUUAAGUUACAAAUAAAUUAAAGUAUUUAUUUAAAUUACAAA